AUGCUCCUCCUCCUUGUGGCGUCCACAAUCAUUUCCUUGAUUGGCCCGUUUGCUAUCGCUUCGAGAGCUGGCUCAAUACAAGUAGAGUAUAAUAGACAUCCACCAUCGGGAUGGAAACUCUCCCGUCCCACAGACCCGAAUCAUCGAUUCAGCAUAUCCAUCGCAGCCGAUAGAAGCGGCCACGUAGAGCGGGCCCUCUACAGUGUCUCGACUCCGGGACAUGAGCUUUACGGCACGCACCUCUCUCGAGAGGAGGCACAAGCCCUCCUCAGUCCCGAUACAGAGUCACGAGACAUCAUUAUAAACUGGCUUCAGGAACAUGGGAAUGCAACAGCAGCAGACAUAGCGAGCGACAGUCACUGGAUCAGAGUGCAGACAACGACUUUUGGAUGGUUUCGAAACGUUGACAGUGGCAAUGAGGUGCUACGGACGUUGAAGUAUUCUUUACCAUUGGAGUUGAAGAGCAAGAUCUCGUUGAUAACACCAUCCACGAGGUUCUGUUCUCAUCUGAUGAUGCACCAAGGACCAGCAGUCGCGGCACCUCUUGCUGACGACGCACCCAACGACGAGCUUCGGAAGGUGAAGAGGACAUUGGCUGGGUUGAACCCGAAGCUUCUCUAUACGGCACAGGUAGACAGGAUUACUCCACCCACCUUGCAAGCACAAGUCGAUCCUACGUGCAACAGGACCAUCACACCCAACUGCAUACGAGCUCUGUACAAUGUGCCCUUCAAGAUGAACGUGAGCCCGGCUCGCGGACUCGGAAUCUACGCAUCGCAGAAUCAGGUAGCCAAAUUUGACGACUUCGCCUUGUUCGCCAAAAACGUCGAUCAACCGUCAACAGGCUUUUCAAACGCCGAGCUCAACUUCGACGUUCAGUACACUGCCUCACUUUCCAAUCCGGUACCCAAUAUCGUCACCGCACUGCCCGACGACAAGCUUCCUCACACCAUCACCACCAGUUUUGGCGAGAACGAACAGUCCCUCCCGGAUGGCUAUGUUCAGCAGAUUUGCGACCAGUUCGGUGCUCUCGGAGCCAGAGGCGUUACGAUGUUCGCCGCGUCGGGAGACUCUGGGCCGGGCAACACGUGUGUCACCAAUGAUGGUACUAAUAGCACGCGGUUCAACGCCGUGUUCCCUGCAUCUUGCCCUUUUGUUACAGGUGUCGGAGGGUUUACCAGACCGGCAUAUCAAGAGCAAGCUGUGCCGGCGUAUCUCAAGAACACUAUUGAAACCCAGUUCAACGGUCUCUUCAACGCAUCAGGCCGAGGCUUCCCAGACGUCAGUGCCCAGAGCUUCAACCUCACCUUCGUAACGGGUGGCCAGCUAGGCGGCUUCCAAGGUACCAGUGCCGCCGCUCCUAUCUGGGCAGGCAUGGUGGGAAUGGUCAACGCCGCUCUCAUUCAGGCGGGAAAGCCACCAAUGGGGUUCAUCAAUCCAUGGCUGUAUGGCGCUGGGUUGCAAGCCAUCAAUGACGUCUCCGCUGGACAGUCCGUGGGCUGCACUGGCGCAACUGGGUUUGGCACGCAGAAAUUCCCGCCCGAGUUCGGAGCCAAGCUCGUGCCGAACGCGAGUUGGCCCUCAAUGGCUGGCUGGGACGCUGUCACUGGCUUGGGGAGCCCGGAUAUUGGCAAAAUAUUGGCGCUGAGAAUGGCGAUGUGA